AUGUCCCUGCUCUGUGUAGGAGUGAAGAAAGCCAAGCUGGAUGGACCCCAAGAGAAGUUCAACACUUAUGUGACACUGAAAGUACAAAAUGUGAAGAGCACAACCAUCGCUGUCCGGGGCAACCAGCCCAGCUGGGAGCAGGACUUCAUGUUUGAAAUAAACCGGCUGGACCUGGGCCUGACUGUUGAAGUAUGGAACAAAGGAAUGAUCUGGGACACAAUGGUCGGGACCGUGUGGGUUCCGCUCAACAGUAUCCGACAGUCCAACGAGGAGGGUCCCGGAGAGUGGCUCACGUUGGACUCUCAAGUCAUAAUGGCCGACAAUGAGAUCUGCGGCACCAAAGACCCCACUCUGCACCUGGUGCUGCUGGACUCACGCUUCGAACUUCCUCUGGAUAUCCCUGAGGAUGAAGCACGCUACUGGGCCAAAAAACUGGAACAGAUAAACGCCAUGAGGGACCAAGAUUAUUCCUACCAGGAAGAGCAGGAGCGGCCAUUACGAAUGCCAGGAAGCCAGUGCUGUAACUGGAGCCUAUGGGGAGACCAGCAAAAUGACGACCAAGACAGCGCUGUUGACGACAGAGACAGCGACUAUCGAAGUGAAACAAGUAACAGCAACCCUCCUCCUUAUUAUAGCACAUCUCAGCCCAACGCCUCUGUCCACCAGUAUCCCAUCAACAACCAGCACCGCAGCUCCAGGAGUUACUCCUAUCCACGCUCCGGCAACAGCCAAGACCCGGACUACCACCACCAGAGGACGGUCAGCCCGACCGGGAGCUACGCCUCCUCUGCAGAGCUCAGCCGCUGCAGCAGCCAGUUGAGCGAGGAGGACUACGGCGGCGAGUACGGCGAACGAGACCCGUACGAUGAAAACGACUCGUACCACUCGUGCCACUCGUCCGUCAGCUACAGCAAAGGCUCCCCAGACUGGGACGAGACUCAGGCUGCGUACAGCGACGAAGGCGGCUACAGCAAAGACGGAGGAGAAGACACCGCUCUGUACGAGGAGGAGGACGGGGAGCUGUACGAGGAGGGUCUGUACGAAGACGACGAGAUCAUGUACGACGAGGAGGAUUUGUAUCAGUUAGAUGGCACUCUCAGCGAGGACAUGGAGCCUCCGUUCACCCCCACGCCAACAAUCACGCCGCAGCACUCUUUGGACGUUCCCAGCUCCAGACCGCCGCUGGAAAAGCAGUCAUCCAUCAACCAACAACAACCACCGGCUCCACACGCAAAUCAAACCCAAAACCAGACGCAUCCGGCAAACGUGCCCCCCGCGACGCAGCCGACUCCAACCGCGGCGCAACAACCCAAACAGCCGCAAGCCCAGCCACAGCCCGCACCAGCUGCCACAUCCUUCUUCUCUAUGGCCAAACCGUUUACGUCCGCCGUCACCGGAUUGGCCUCGUCGUUCUUAUCCUCGGUCCCGACACCGCAGCCGACGCAACCGCCCGCCUCAAACAUGUCGCAGCAGAAACCCGCGGCGGCCAGUAGUCUUCCCCCGUCGCACCCGGCCACCGUAGGGACCCCGCAACCGGCGAGUCUGAGCCAGGAGCAGGAAAUGAGCGGCUCUCAGGUGCCACAGACCGGCACAGAGGCCACGAUGCCCGCGGAGCACACACUGACGGAGGAGGAGGCCCUGCAGCUGGAGCAGGACGUGUGGAAGGAGGAGGAGGCGAUGAGGAUGGAGGAGGAAGAGGUCAGGACGCCUCCCCCGCUGACGGAGGAGGCAGCUCCCACAGAAUCGAUGGGAGAGGAGCAGAGGGACGAGAGCCGGCCGCCAACACCUGUGGAGGAGGAGAGACCUGCAGAGAGUGUUCCCGUUGUAGAGGAGCCCAAAGAGCCUGUGGACCCUGCUGUCAGAGCCAAAGAGAACUGGCUGAGACUCUACAACAAAGUUUUAGAGCAAAUCCGUGAGUUUUAUGUUUUUGCCAUUGUGAAACUCAUGCACUUUGCUCGGGCAUCACCAGAGUUUGUUGAGAGGCUCGAGGAGAAACCUCCAACUCGCUGUGGUUCGGUAAAGGAGGUCUGUAUCGAGCGCUGGUGUUUUAGAGCCAGAGCAGGUCACUUUGGAGAUGAGGAAAGCCUCCUAAUGGGCGGUGCGCUCUACAGUAUCGACAGCAUGCCCGACCUUCGGAAAAGGAAAGCUAUUCCACUGGUCCGAGAUCUGUCUUUGGUUCAGAACUCCCGUAAAGCAGGCAUUACUUCAGCCAUGGCCUCCACCACUCUGGGCAAUGAAGACUUGAAGAGCCACGUUUAUAAGAAAACUCUCCAGGCUCUCAUCUAUCCCAUCUCCUCCACAACGCCACACAACUUUGAGGUGUGGACGGCCACCACUCCCACUUACUGCUACGAAUGUGAGGGUCUGCUUUGGGGCAUCGCUCGCCAGGGGAUGCGCUGCUCCGAGUGCGGGGUCAAGUGCCACGACAAGUGUCAAGACCUGCUCAAUGCCGACUGUCUGCAGAGAGCCGCAGAGAAGAGCUCGAAGCACGGAGCAGAGGACCGAACUCAAAAUAUCAUCAUGGUCCUCAAAGACCGGAUGAAGAUUCGUGAGAGGAACAAACCAGAGAUUUUUGAGCUCAUUCAGGAAGUGUUUGGACUGGACAAGACCACACACGGGGGACACAUGAAGCAGAUUAAACAGAGUGUGCUGGACGGGACUUCCAAAUGGUCCGCAAAGAUCAGUAUUACAGUUGCAUGUGCGCAGGGAUUGCAGGCAAAAGAUAAAACUGGCUCCAGUGACCCAUACGUCACUGUACAAGUGGGAAAGACCAAAAAGAGAACGAAGACCAUCUACGGCAACCUCAACCCAGUCUGGGACGAGUUCUUUCACUUUGAAUGCCACAAUUCAACCGAGCGCAUCAAGGUCCGAGUUUGGGACGAAGACGACGACAUCAAGUCUCGAGUCAAACAGAGGUUUAAGCGCGAAAGCGACGACUUCUUGGGACAGACCAUCAUCGAAGUGCGCACGCUCAGCGGAGAGAUGGACGUCUGGUACAACUUGGACAAAAGAACUGACAAAUCUGCUGUUUCUGGAGCUAUCCGGAUGCACAUAAGUGUUGAAAUCAAAGGCGAGGAGACUGUGGCACCCUACCACGUGCAGUACACCUGCCUACACGAGCAUCUGUUCCAGUACACCACAGAGGACCAGAACAGCGGCGUGGUCAAAAUCCCAGACGCCAAAGGAGACGAUGCGUGGAAGGUGUAUUUUGAAGAGACGGCUCAGGAGAUCGUGGAUGAAUUUGCCAUGAGAUACGGAGUGGAGUCGAUAUACCAGGCUAUGACUCACUUUGCCUGCUUGUCCUCCAAGUACAUGUGCCCUGGCGUCCCUGCAGUGAUGAGCACGCUUCUCGCCAACAUUAACGCCUACUACGCCCACACCACACAGGCGUCCAACAAUGUCUCUGCUUCAGACAGAUUCGCUGCCUCCAACUUUGGUAAGGAGAGGUUUGUCAAACUACUGGAUCAGCUGCAUAACUCGCUCAGGAUUGACCUGUCCAUGUACCGGAAUAAUUUUCCUGCCAGCAGUCCUGAAAGACUACAGGACCUCAAGUCCACUGUUGAUCUGCUCACAAGUAUCACAUUUUUCCGAAUGAAGGUCCAGGAGCUGCAGAGUCCGCCCAGAGCCAGUCAGGUGGUGAAGGACUGUGUGAAAGCCUGUCUCAACUCCACAUACGAGUACAUUUUCAACAACUGCCACGACCUGUACAACAGGGAAUACCAAACUGACCCAUCAAAGGCUGUGCCUCCAGACGAGCAGGGCCCCAGCAUCAAAAACCUGGACUUCUGGUCCAAACUAAUCACUCUCAUCGUGUCCAUCAUCGAAGAGGACAAAAACUCAUACACACCAUGCCUUAACCAGUUUCCCCAAGAACUAAACGUUGGCAAGAUAAGUGCAGAGGUGAUGUGGAAUAUGUUUGCACAAGACAUGAAGUACGCCAUGGAAGAGCACGAAAAGAACCGUCUGUGUAAAAGUGCAGACUAUAUGAAUCUGCACUUCAAGGUGAAAUGGCUGUAUAACGAGUACUGCAAAGAACUCUCCACUUUCCAGAAACACGUGCCUGAAUAUCCGGCUUGGUUCGAGCCGUUUGUGAUCAUGUGGCUGGAUGAAAAUGAAGAAGUUUCGCGAGAUUUUCUCCAUGGAGCUCUGGAGAGGGACAAAAAGGACGGGUUCCAGGUCACGUCGGAGCACGCUCUCUUCUCCUGCUCUGUGGUCGACGUCUUCUCCCAGCUCAACCAAAGCUUUGAGAUCAUCCGCAAACUUGAGUGUCCAGACCCUCAGAUUGUUGGAAACUACAUGAAGAGAUUUGCAAAAACCAUUGGGAAUGUUCUUCUGUCUUAUGCCGACAUCAUUGCCAAGGAGUUUCCUAAUCACCUCAAGAAGGAAAAAGUGCCAUGUAUCAUCAUCAAUAACAUUCAGCAACUGCGGGUUCAGUUGGAGAAGAUGUUCGAGGCCAUGGGAGGCAAAGAUCUCAAUCCCGAAGCCAGUGAUUUCCUCAAGGAUCUGCAAAACAAACUCAAUAACGUUAUGGACGAUCUCAGCCGUAUCUUUUCUGUCAGUUUCCAGCCGCAGAUUACCGACAACGUGAGACAGAUGGGGGACAUCCUUGCGCAGGUCAAAGGACAAACUGUUCCAGCCAAUGGGAGCGUUGUCCAGGAGGCGGACAACGUUCUGCAACCCAUCAUGGACUUCCUGGACAGCAAUCUGUCGUUGUUUGCAAAGAUCUGUGAAAAGACAGUGCUGAAGCGAGUGCUGAAAGAGCUGUGGAAGCUGGUGAUGAACACCAUGGAGAAAAUCAUUGUUCUUCCAACACUCACGGACCAGACGGGAACUCAGAUGAUCUUCAAUGCAGCAAAAGAAUUGGGCCAGCUCUCAAAACUAAAGGAGCACAUGGGGCGAGAGGAGGCUAAAGCUCUUACUCCAAAGCAGUGUGCGGUUAUAGAGCUGGCGCUGGAGUCUAUAAAGCAAUACUUCCAUGCCGGUGGCGUGGGGCUGAAGAAAACGUUCCUGGAGAAAAGUCCGGAUCUGCAGUCUCUGCGUUACGCACUCUCUCUGUACACACAGGCCACAGACAAACUCAUCCGAAAGUUCAUCCUCUCUCAACACGCUCAGGUGCACGGAGGAAAAGGCACCAGGUACACGGCUAACGAGGACACGCCACCGGAAAAACCUGCGGUGGAAAACGUGGGAGAGGUGGUCAUGCACGUGGACAUUUUGCCUCAACCAAAUGGAGAACAUAAAAUUGGCAUCAAAGUGGUGGCUGCCAACGAUCUAAAGUGGAAGGCACAGGGGUUCAGGCCGUUUGUGGAGGUGUACAUCAUCGGCCCUCACCUCAGCGACAAGAAACGGAAAUUCGCAACCAAAUCCAAAAACAACUGCUGGUCUCCAAAGUUUGCAGAGAGCUUCCAAUACUCCCUGGGCACAGAGCUGGGUCCGGAGAACUACGAGCUGCAGGUCUGUGUGAAGGACUACUGUUUUGCCCGCGAGGACCGCUGUGUGGGAAUGUGUGUCCUGCAGUUAAAAGACAUUGUCAAGAAGAACAGCGUCACCUGCUGGCUACCGCUGGAUAGGCGUGUGCACAUGGACGAGACGGGGCUCACUGUGCUGCGGAUCUUGUCUCAGCGCAAUAACGACGAUGUGGCCAAAGAGUUCGUCAAGCUCAAAUCAGACCAGCGCUCAGCCGACGAGGGCCGAAGCUGA